AUGGCUUUGCAAGCUGUUUACAAGCAGUUCCUCGCCGCGCCCGACUCUUCCCUAUUGGCCAACGAUGCCGCUCUGCACUAUGUCACCACCACCACAAGCUACCGCGGCUCUACCGACAUCAUCAACCACUUGACUUCUCUGCGCAACCAGGUAAAGAAGAAGCAAGAGGAGUAUCUUACUGUCAUAGAGGGUCAGAAUGCUGUCGCCAUCGAGGUCGACACCAUCCUCGAGUUCGUCACUAGCGGCGCGGCCUACCUACCCGGCAUGGAUGACAACUUCCUCGCCGACCGCACCGUCUAUUUGCCCGUGGUCUUUUGGGUGAAACCGCAGACACACAUUGUCACCUUCAAUCCCGAGGGCAAACUCCAGCAAAUCCGUCAGAGCUGGGACCAGGGCUCGCUCUUGAAACAGCUCGAUAUCAUUGGCAAGACUGGCCGCAAUUGGCCCAUUCGCGAUGCCAAGGACCAGAUCAAGCUCAUCGCUUCGUCUCUGAAGGCCUCUGGCGAUUUACCCGCCGCCGAGAAUUCAUCUACUGCACGCGGUCGCGGCAACUCCAACAAUGCUCUGCGCGACCCCCAUGCCUCCCUCGCCCUGUUUGCGCCCCGCGAGGAGGUCGAGCAGCAUAAUCCUGUCUCCGUCAUCUCUCCUAGAGGCGGACCGCGGCCUAGGCAACGCGACUUUGCCGAGAUUCUCGGUGACGAGCCUGUCGAUGCUCCUGGUUCCCCCAGUGCUGGACGCGGUCGGCCGGGCUCUGCUAUCGCCCCAAAGAUUGGCGCUGGUAAGAACUUUCAGGCGAACCGUUUAUUCGACACCGAGGGCGAAGUCCCCGAAGAGCCCGAGUCAACCGACGAGGGCAAGUCACCAGAUCGUUUUUACCGCCCAAACCCAAAGAAGUACAACCACUUCGAUUUCGCCGAUGGCUCUGAGCCGCAAGACGCGCCCCAGCCUGGUGAGGCAACGCCUCUCAAGACAAAACACACCAGCCAGUGGAAUUUUGAGGAUUUCACCACUCCGGCCAAGGCCCGGCCAGGCAAGGCGUUGCAGAAGAGCCACCAAGAUGUGCGCCACUGGGGGAACCCAGGCGACGAGAAUGUGCAGGAGAGUGUUCGAAAGCCAGCAAACAACAAGCCCCGCCGCGACGCCGAGCCGCACUUUGAGUUCGUCGACGAUGGCGUGCCUCAAGGAGAGCCUCGUGCAGGCCGCCCACGCGGUGCUACCCACAACAACGGACUCGGCUUGUACAAGAAUAAUGUAUAUAGCGGAGAAGCGCCGGCGGAUGGUGAUGACGACGCCGUUGACGCAGAUCAGCAUGCCCUCGGCAACAUCACCAACCUCAAGAGCCGCGGCAAAACUUUUCAGUCUCAAUUUUCCAUGACCGACGACUCCCCAGCAAAGGAGCCCUCAAGCAAGCACGUGGGUCAAGACCGACAGAAGGCUGUGAAGAUGAUGGAUGCAAACUGGUCUUCAUAUGACCAGUCGCCUGCGCAAAAGGAAAACAAGCCGGUCAAGCCCAAGUCAACAGACAACGAGCGUGGCAUCCACAUCGGUGGCGAUGGCAUGGGCGGCUCCCGAGGAACCAACAGAGACUGGCUCUUUGGUGGCGACGAGGAGGAGCCAUCCAAGACACUCCCAACGAGAAAGAAUGCGGCCAAGUCAGGGGGGUUCAACUGGGACUUCUAG